UUCCGGCAGCACCACACUGCUCCGGGAGCUGCCGCGUACCCAGUUUCCAUGGGGACUGAACAUGGCGCCGCGAGAUAAAAGGUUGUCCUCAACCCCUCUCGAAAUCUUGUUAUUUCUGAAUGGGUGGUAUUAUGCUACCUAUUUCCUGUUGGAGCUCCUUAUUUUUCUGUACAAAGGUCUCUUGCUGCCAUACCCAACUGCCAACCUAGUCCUGGACGUGGUGAUGCUGCUCCUUUAUCUUGGCAUUGAAGUAAUACGCCUGUUUUUUGGUACAAAGGGAAACCUCUGCCAGCGAAAGAUGCCCCUUGGCAUUAGUGUGGCCUUGACCUUCCCAUCUGCAAUGAUGGCUUCCUAUUACCUGCUGCUGCAGACCUACGUGCUCCGCCUAGAAGCUAUUAUGAACAGCAUCUUGCUCUUCUUUUGUGGCUCAGAGCUGCUGCUUGAGAUGCUCACACUAGCCACUUUCUCCAGUAUGGACAGAAUCUGAAGUACAAGAAUUCCAGCUGGUACCCAUCAGAGUAAGAACAGUAUCCUUCUGGUACUUCAGCCACACUUGUGAAAAGUGGUCAUGCUGGCCUGGGAAAGGUUGUGUGGUUUUUUCUUCAGCACAGACACCUGGGCAUUGAGCACCUACCUGAGGUCAAUGGCACUGCCUUUAAACCAAGAUCAGCAGCAGGAGACUCCUACCUUUUGCUGUAAGGAAGGGCAAGGCUGUUCCUAUCUUGGUCCACCAGCUUCCUACUGACCUCAAAUUCUCUUCCUUGGUCAUCAUGGCCAGAGCUCCUUGUGUGAACCGUCUAGGCUUAUUGGGCUUCUAGCAGGACCUGAGCCACAGCAUCCUGUGGCUACAUGUACUGCAUCUGUCCUACAUGAGCAUGGAAUGCCUCAUAAUGGUAGGCUCCUGGACAAUUCAAAUGUUUCGUCUAUGUGACCCACCCCCCGCCCUGCUCUAUUCAAACAGAAGAUAAUCCAGAACUCUUUAGUAGUUCAUAGUAUUAUUUUUCUAUUCUGAUCAUGAUGCAAACAAGAUUUUAUAAUAAAAAGUAUUUGACAUGGGGCUGGUUGUCUUUUCCCUCUGAUACCUGUCUUUAAAUUUCAUCUCUUCUAAGUGAGAGCAAGACUAUCCCAACAGCGUGUUCUGAGGCUGUGUUUAGUGGUAAACUGUAUGACAAAGACAGUAAUGAAGGUGUCCUACUGAUCUUCUCCCCAAAUGCCCAAGUUGCAGCCUAAGUACCUUGUUUGUCUUUGACAAAAGAAAUGCUCUGCCUCUGCUCCAAGUUUUGCUUGUAUGUCAAGUCUUUCCAGCAUAGCCCAUGUGUAAAUAGAAAUGGAAAUAAACCUGACCAAAAUUCUU